UAACGAAAACUCUUCUCUUACCGGUGGUCGAUGUUCAGGUACACGAGAAACGUCCACGAGCCGGAAUUUUUGAUCCCGAGAAGAGUGUUCGAAGAUGGCAGCUUCGACACAUACUCGUUGCCGUAUUUCUACGAUCGGCAAGAGAUCAACGAACGAAAGAAAAGGUCGACCGAGACGGGCGAGCAGGAGCUCGAGGCCGAUAAAGUGCACCUGGUGCUGCCUUUCAACGGGAUCGAACACCAUGUGGAGCUCAAGCCGUAUCACGAAUUCAUCUCGCCCGACAUGGUGAUCGAGACGCGGGGCACCGGCCUGAGAACUAACUUGAACGAAGCAUUACGAUUCAAGAGAGCCUCCGAUCGACAAUGCCAUUAUCGGGGUUUUGUUAGAGGCCAUCGCACAUCCAAGGCAGCUCUUUCUCUCUGCGACGGUGUGGUUGGUUACGUGCAAACUAAUCAUGGCCGGUACUUCAUCGAGCCGGUGAACGAAGCAGAACCGCAGCAGGAUGGACAGCACGUUCACAUAGCUUACAAGCGGGAUGACUCGCACGAAAAGAAGGACGAUUCUUCCAAGAAUUACUGCGCAACUUCCGAUGACUGGGAGGCGGCGUGGGCGGAACAGUUGGCCAAACGACAGAAGCGACUAAUGGAAGAGAAUCCCGAAGCUGGUAAGAGCACUUCCCUGACCCACAGUAUUCAUCGUUUUGUAGAGAUUGGAUUGGUCGCGGACAGAAGGUUUCUCGACUUUUACAACAACAGCAACUACGAACAGUACCUGUUGACUAUCAUGAACAUGGUGUCGGAUUUUUAUCACGACAGAUCUGUCGGCAAUCAAAUAGACAUGGUCGUCGUCCGUAUCAUAUAUUUGGAGAAGGAAAAGGAAGAGAUAGAUCUGCUUAUUAGUCCCGCAGCCGAGGCAACGUUAGCGAGCUUCGCCAAAUGGGCCCAAAAGAUGAACCCUACGGAUCACACUCACCCCAACCAUUACGACAUAGCGGUUCUCGUAACCAGGUACGAUAUUUGCGCGGAAGGCGUACCGCAUUGCAAUCUGAUGGGCCUGGCGUAUGUCGGAACUGCCUGCGAUCCCGAAAAAGCAGCUUGCAUCACCGAAGAUAGUGGCCUAUUGCUUGGAAUCGUAAUUAGCCACGAAGUUGGUCACGUGAUGGGCUGUUCGCACGACGACGUCGCUAUCAGUGGCUGUCCACCCAAAGAUAAGGAUAACAGUUAUUUCCUCAUGUCACCCAUUGUCAACAUCUAUUCGUUUAGAUGGUCGACUUGCAGCAGGAAAUACAUCACUACCUUGCUCGAGAGCGGCUUGGGCGAGUGCUUGACCGACGAUCCAAGAAAUCCGCCGGAGAAAUUCAAGUAUCCGGACAUGUUACCCGGUGCGAUGUACGACGGCAAUUUUCAAUGCGACAUGAACUAUCCCGGGUCGAAGAUUUGCCCUGGCGGUACCGGGCGAAAUGCGAUGUGCGAGAUACUAUGGUGCGAAGGGAAGAAUGGAACCUGUUACUCCCGGGGAUCACCCAUGGCCGAAGGAUCAAAAUGCGGCGAGAAUUUGUGGUGCAUUCAGAAGAAAUGCGUGGCUAUGGGCACCCGACCGACGGCGGUGCACGGUGGCUGGGGCAAAUGGGGUCCCAUGAGCGGUUGCAGCAGAAGCUGCGGCGGUGGCUUGAAAUUCGCCGAGAGAGAAUGCGACAAUCCGCCGCCCGCCAACAAAGGCAGAUACUGCAUCGGAGAGAGAAAGAAGUUAGCCAUUUGCAACACCAUGCCCUGCGACCAUACGAAACCAUCGUAUCGCCAGUUGCAGUGCAGUUGGUACAACGAGCGAAAAAUCUUGACCGACGGCAAGCAUAACUGGACUGCGUACACUAUCCACGAUCCAACGUUCGAUCCGUGCAACUUGUACUGCAUCAAUGAAAAGAGCGUAUUCACCAAGUUCCAAGUGGCAAACGAUUCUACUCCCUGCAAGGGUGGUACUAACAACAUGUGCAUCGGUGGUACAUGCAGGAAAGUCGGUUGCGAUUGGGUGUUGGAUUCGAAUGCCAUCGACGACAGGUGUGGAACGUGCAAAGGUGACGGUACGAAGUGCAAGGCGAUAGAAGGUUUCUUCAAUGAAACGGGAAUUCGCAACAAAUCUGUCGAUGAUUGGAAAAUUUUCGAAUUCCUAGUGCACACGAAGAUAGUUACUAUUCCUCAGGGUGCUCGAAGCAUAUACGUAGCGGAAAUGCAGCCGAAUAAAAACGUACUAUCGGUGAGACUCGAGGACAGUGAAACACACUGUUUGAACGAAGAAAAAUUCUUCCUCGUGUUAACGAACAAACUAAGUUCAUCGUAUACCGAACGAUUUUCUAACGAUCGUAGGGUGGUAUAUAGAAGCGGUGAUUACGAUUGUGCAGGCUCCAUUCUCGUAUACCUGCAUCCUGAGCCAAACAGAGAGGAGAUUGAAAUAAAGGGACCCAUAACGACAGCUAUUCGAAUAGAAUACGUAUUCUUCCACCCGAGACAGAAUCCUGGGAUUCAUUAUGUAUAUUACGUGAUGUCAACUGACCCGUCAUACAAACCGAAAUACCUGUGGGAUUUCAUGGAAUGGAGCGACUGCAGCGUUAAAUGCGGAGGCGGUACGAUGAUAUCGGAGGCAGCGUGUAUCGAAGAAAGAGGUGGAAAAGUGAGUCUUGAAUUUUGCGAUGGAACGUCACGACCAGAUCCAAAAACUAGGGUUUGCAACUCGGAAGCCUGUCCUGCAAAGUACAUGCAAUCACACAACAAAUUUACAUUUCUCUAUCUGCCUACAUUUUUCUCUCGAAACUGCGAACCGACGAUCCUUUCUAAUUUCCAUUACUCGUUUAUCGGCGAAUAUUUACGAUCGCUGUAUGACCAUUGGAAUUGCUUAAGGUGGCGUGUGAGCCAAUGGAGCAAGUGUAACGCCUGCGACGGAAAGAAAGGAACGAGGCAUCGUAAAGUGCAAUGCGUGCGACCCGCUGCUCGUGCCGGUGAGGAUGACGUUCAGGCAAAUCUGGACGCGUGCAAAGGUCGCGUGCCGAAACAAGAGGAAGAAUGUGUAGGCGAAAGACCGUGCAAGAAGACCUGCCCCAAAAAGGUCCGAAACGCAAACAGGCAACUCGUUGCUUGGAAAGAGAGGAAGAAGCAGCCACUACCUCACGAGAAACGGGCUAAAAUGGUCGACAAGUUGGUGGACUUGAGUUUGGCCGGAUAUCUGGAGAAAGCGUACGGUAUCUCUCGCGAAGCCGAUGAUAUGGGAAUGACGGUCGACACGGCGGACUUCCGGCAGCUCCUUCGCGAAUGGUCCCUCGCCGACGAGGAAAAGAGGAAACGUGGCGCCUGCAAUCGAAACGCGUCUACUCCAAAGUCCGGAUCGAUCAUCAAAGACUCGCUGCCAGUGGAGAACGUGGUGUUGUUGGAGGCGCCUAUGCUAGAGGAGGGCCUCCUAUCGAAUUUGUCGGACAGAGCGUAUCAGGAAGUUGGCGACCUCGUCGGCGGUAGUAUCGAUACUUCCAGAGUGAAGAUUUAUAACGGUACGAAGGCUGUCGAGAAGAUCGAGAAGCUGGAGGGUCAUAACAUUAGCGCGGUGCCUAACAAGAAAGAAAAUUAUAGUUACGAUGCGUUGUCAAGAAUCGUAGAUUUGGCGGAACAACGAAAAUGAGAAUUUGCGUACGAGACGAAGCACUCGAAACUGGCAUCGUCGAUAAUUAUAAUCGAUAAUUACAAUUGUUUGACGCUAUUUACUAAUCGAUAUUUCUUUUAUAUAACGUUGAAAAGUGUUAAAAUAUCGUCUGAUAAAAGUAUGUAUUAAGAAGCAUUGAUAA